AUGUCUUCAACUGAAGAAUACAUUCUUCAGUUCGGCAAGUACAAGGGCAAGUCUUUCAGGUGGUUACUAGAGAAUGAUGUCGGCUAUGCUUUGUACCUGUCCGAUAAGGUUGAGGAAGAAGAACAGGCUGGGCAGUUCAACCCAGAGGGUCCUUGCAAAGAUAGCCUCAUUUCCUUUCUUGAAUACUCAAGAAGCUUUAAGGAAAUUGAGGAUCUUAAACGGUAUCUGUCUCAAAGGCCAGAUCCAUUGCCAGUUUUGAUAGAGGAUGACAGUACUGUUGGAUUUGGAACAAGGGCACAAGACACUUGGAGGAAAAUUUGGGAUACCAGGGCAGACGGAUAUGCUUUCUUUAUAAUGAAGCAGAAGUGUGUUCCAGGCAGCAAAAUGUACAACUUGCAGCAGUAUCUUUUAAAACAGCAGCAAAAACAGCUGGGGAUAAACACUCCUCCAUUGCCCUCACCACCAGCUUCCACUGCAAGACCACUUGUUCCUUCCAGUACUGCCUCUGAUCAGCCUGUGAUGGAGGACGAUGAAGAACUGGAGAGGAUGAUGCUGAGUCUUUCUCCAACAAAAUAUCUCACACAGCUGAGAUCAUCUGCAGCCACGGGAUCCACAGUCUUAUCUACAGCAGUGUUCUUGCCUGUUCUACAAAACAUGUUCUUUUGUUCUAACUACUGUUAAGGGUUGAACAUACCAGUGGUGAGGGU